AUGUCCGAUUCAAAGAAAGACGGCGCUUACGGCGGCGCGCCAUCAGGGGAUACCGAUUUCCGAAAAACUUGGGACCUCGACGAAUAUGCCGCCAAAGCUAAGGAGCGCGAAUCAAAGGAGAAGGAAGAGUCCAAGGCGCGUUACGAAGCCAAGCUCGCAGGCAAGAAAUACCACAAGCCAAUGACUGGCGACGAGACAUAUACAUCGGCGAGAAGAAACGUUAUAGAUCUUACCCAACAAAUCGGAAAAACACAGCUUGUCCCAGGAGGUGCGGGCGUGGGCAAGCGUGGUCGCGGAGCUGGUUUUUACUGUGAACCUUGCGACCUCACAUUCAAAGACAAUAAACAAUACAUCGAGCAUCUCAACACACCACAACAUUUGAUAAAUACCGGCCAGACGACAGAGGUCAAGCGCGCGACAGCGGAGGAGGUCCAUGAGCGCAUCGCGUACUACAUCCGGCGGCGGGACGAACUAGAGAAGGAGAAGCAGACCAGUUUGCACGAGCGGCUACAGCUACGGGAAGAGGAGGCUGAAAAGGAGGCAGAGGAGCGACGGCAGAAGAAAAGAGAAGAAGUCGAGAAAAAGAGGAUGAAGAAGGAGGAGGCGGUCAAGGUGAAAACCGAGUAUGGAGAGGACGUGCGAGUUGAGGGUGAGCAUGAUGAGGAUGAUAUGAUGGCGUCGAUGGGAUUUACUGGAUUUGGAGGUGCGAAAAAGUGA